GACUUCCAGGCACUCAAGCCCCUUUGCGCCCGCCAUGCACUCUCCAUCAAAGAGAUCCUCCAAGCGCAGCAUGGCUCCGGCAUCCACUGGGCCCUCAAAGCCCACUGCGGCUCCUACAGCUCCUGCUGCUCCCACAGCUCCGGCAUCCACUGGGCCCUCAAAGCCCACCCCAGCUCCUGCGGCUCCCAUGGUUUCCACAUCUCCAGUCUCCUUGAAGAACACCAAAGCAGCAGUGCCCAACAGUUCCUCAGUGCAUCCGAAGUCCCCUAACUUGCUUAUGAGCCCUAGCAGUUCUAAGUCUACCAGACCAAUAGGGAACAAGACAGUCCCUUCAACUCGGCCCAGCAGCAGGUCCCAAGGCCGCAGCAAGACAAGAACAUCCAGUCAGGUGAGCACUGAUACCAAGGCCAGGAAAGGCAGCAGGGGCAGGAAGGGGGGCAAGACUGGAGUGAUGGGACCAUAUAAGCAGAGAGACACACACAGCAGGGGGCGAACCCCUGGCAAAAGGGUAAGCCAGAGCUCCAAGACAUCCCCAAACAGGGCCAGCACUCCUAACAGGAAGAGAACCCAUUCCGCCAAACCAGGUGUGGCCAAGAAAGCAAGGACCCCUACUUCCCACCGCAAACAAAGCAGAGGCAAGAGUUAUAGCCGACCUAGAACCAGUGCCCACGAAAAGAGUGACAACUGGCUUAGAAACAGGCACAGGACGAAGAGCCCCAAGCUACAUGGAGCCUUAGACACCAAGGACACUGCAAUCUCCAGUAGGGCCAAGAGCUACAGCCCAAGUAGGACAGUCUUCAAGAGCUUUAGCAAGUCUCCGGUGGUAAGCAGGAGAGCCAGGAGCUACAGCCAGGUGAUGUCCCCCAGCAGGGAACAGAUUCACACCAUUACCGAUCUGACUCACAUGGCAGGCAUGACCAAGAGCUACAAGCAGGCCAGAAGCCACAGCAGGACCCACAGCCUCAGCCGCUCUAGGACCCCUAGCAGGACCCGAAGUCACAGCCGCUCUAGAACCCCCAGAAGGUCAAGAAGUCAUAGUCACAAGAGGACUCGGAGCCAGGAAAGAAGCUACAGCUGGAAGAAGAAUCGCGGUAGGGCAAGAAGUCGUACCCGGAGGGGCACACCCACCCAGGUGAGACAAAGCCAGGGGAGCAACCACAGCCCAGGGAAACCUCCAAGAAGGGAAAGAAGCCAAGUGUGGUCUAGGUCCUCUAGUGAGGAAAAAGGCAACAGCCGGUCCAAAAGUACCAAGGUGAGGAGGGAUCACAGCCGCUCAAGAACCACCAGGAAGAAGGGUCACAGGCGGUCUAGAAUGUCCAGUCCCGAGAGUGAGAGCAGCCAGUCUAGAAGCCCGGGCGCAGACACAGCCCACAGCCGAUCUCGAACCUCCAUCAAGAAGAGAGCACGGAGCCGAUCCAGAAUCUCCAGCACGGAAAACCACCGUGACCGCUCUAGAACUCACAGCAGGGAAAGAGCCCUCAGCCAAUCUAGAACCCCGAGCAAGGACAAAGAACCCACCCAAGAUGCAACCCCUCCAAUCCUCCAUGGGGAUCCAUCUCCCACCAGGACCGAGACUUCUAGUCAGAAAAGAGCUGACAGCGAGGCAAACGGCCACCCCUCAACAGAGCUUCCCAAGGAGAUCCGAACCCAGGAUGACAGCAUUGUCAAUACUGCCAUUUCUAAGGCCACCUCACCUGGGGAAAGGUCUUCAUCAUCUUCCUCCAAGCUGGCGUAGC